UACGGUAGACGUUCCUGCGUCAAGCUCAGCUCCCAUGAGCCUUUGCGUCUGCUCUUUGCUUGUGGUGCUAGCUGUUCAGUUAGCUCGCUAGCAAUUAUAGAUAGAUACAAGUUUGUCAACGCGUUUCUCAUUCGGUAUCUAAAUCUAAACCUACCGCGACACAAUGAAAGAUGUUACCGGGUACCUCAAAACGCAACAGAGCAUCAGUUCGACCCCGGAGAUGGCAUCGGAAUGGCACACACUAGAGGAGUUUUACAACAAAAAGUUGUGGCAUCAGUUGACCCUAAAGCUCACAGACUUUGUAAAAGACCCUUGCUUUGCCACAGGAGAUGGCCUCAUACAACUGUAUGAUAACUUCCUCAGUGACUUUGACCACAGAAUCAACCCCCUGUCUCUGGUGGAGAUCAUCCUGUAUGUUGCCAGACAGAUGACAGAUCCUAAAGAUGCUAUCACUUUCCUUGAGAAGACGAAGGAGAAGGUGAAGAGCAACGAUGAGUCGGUCAUUCUGUGCAAGACAUCUAUUGGAGCCCUUAAACUGGAGAUAAAUGACCUUCCAGCCACAAAGAAAUUAAUUGAGGAGGUGGAGGAGACGCUGAAUAACUUGCCAGGUGUGACGUCAGUCCACGGGCGAUUCUACGACCUGUCCAGCAAAUACUACCGCAUCGUGGGGAACCACGCCUCUUACUACAAGGACGCUCUGCGCUACCUCGGCUGUGUCGACAUCAAAGACCUGCCAGAGACAGAGAAGCAGGAGAGGGCUUUCACACUGGGUCUGGCUGGACUCUUAGGAGAAGGAGUUUACAACUUCGGAGAGCUGCUGAUGCACCCGGUACUGGAGUCCCUAAGGAGCACAGACAAACAGUGGCUGAUAGACACAUUGUACUCCUUCAACGGAGGCAACGUGGAGAAGUUCCAGGCCUACAAGUCUGCCUGGGGAGCGCAGCCUGACCUGGCAGCCAAUGAAGCCAAACUGAUGCAGAAGAUUCAGCUGCUUUGUGUGAUGGAGAUGACGUUCACUCGUCCCGCCAACAACAGACAGCUGACCUUCCAUGAGAUUGGACAGAGUGCCAAGAUCCCCGUGAACGAGGUGGAGCUGCUAGUGAUGAAAGCUCUGUCUGUGGGUCUGAUCAAAGGAAACAUUGACGAGGUGGACCAGAAGGUUCAGAUGACCUGGGUGCAGCCCCGAGUACUGGACCUGCAGCAGAUCAAGGGCAUGAAGGACCGGUUGGACCUCUGGUGUGGGGAUGUGAAAAACAUGGCUGUGUUGGUGGAACAGCAGGCCCACGAUAUCCUCACCUAGACAGGCCUCCUCCCCUUGGUUUAGCCUCACCUAGACAGGCCUCCUCCCCUUGGUUUAGCCUCACCUAGACAGGCCUCCUCCCUCUGGUCUCCUCCAUGGCCCUGUCCAGAACAACCCCCUAACCUCUAGACACUUGUAGAGAUCAGAGAACAUUUGAUAGGUUUAUACAGUAUGAUGAUAGUACCUUGCCCUCUGAUAGUCUAGGUAGAGUUUUGGCCAUAUUGCUUCCACCAGUCAGAUCCUCUCAGACAAGGGUCUAAGGUGUAGGUGCCAGGAUGUUCUUCUGGACAGGGCCCUUCCCCCAGCCUGUUCACCCCUAGAACAGACCCCCCCCCCAUCACAGGAAUCCCCUCUUCGUUCCUCUACCUACCAAUCUCCCAGAAGGACUGAUGCAUCCAACUAACUCAGUUUUUUUAUUUGUAUUUUUGUUGGGGUUCUGUGUACGUUCUUGUUACUUUAUAGCAGUAAAUAAAUAAAAGAAAACAUUGUUCAAUUUUGAAAUAAAAAUGACAAACGCUUGUUGAUUAAACAUUACCCUUCAAGCAUGAA